AUGUCUCUGCUGGGAAGCCAAGGCAUUGUCUCGGCCACCGAGGCCCUCCUGGUGGCUGCCGUGUCCUUCCUGGUGUUCCUGCUCAUCCAGUCCCUCCGGCAGCACGUGCCCAAGGGGCUGCAGAGCCCCCCCGGCCCCAGGGGCAUCCCCAUCCUCGGCAACGUGCUGGAGCUGAGGAAGGAGCCGCACGUGGCGCUGGCGCGGCUGAGCCGGCAGUAUGGAGACGUGAUGGAGGUGCGCAUCGGCACCCGGCCCGUGCUGGUGCUGAGUGGGCUGGACACCGUCAAGCAAGCCCUGGUGAAGCAAGGAGAAGACUUCAUGGGCCGCCCCGACCUCCACAGCUUCCAAUACAUCUCGGAUGGGCAGAGCCUGACCUUCAGCUCCGACUCGGGGGAGGUGUGGAAAGCCCGCAGGAAGCUGGCCCAGAACGCCCUCAAGACCUUCUCCAUCGCCCCCAGCCCCACGGGCUCGUCCAGCUGCCUCCUGGAGGAGCACGUCUCCAAGGAGGCCGAGUACCUGGUCACCAAGUUCCUGCAGCUCAUGGAG